AUGCCUCGCCGUGUAGCAAUUUCUAUCGAGCAAAAGCAAGCCCUACGAGCGCACCGGCGCGCCUUUCCUACCUUUCCAAAUAUCGAGCUUAAGCGCUGGUUCGAAGCCAAAUACCAGCAGGUUAUCUCAACAUCCUCGGUCUCCGAAAUCCUCUCUGCGAAAUAUACCCACCUUGACAACCCAAUCAAUCGUACCCAGAGCCAGAAACGCUUCCGACAGGAGUUCUGGCCAGAGCUCGAAGACGCCCUCUUCCAGUGGAUCCAACGUGUAGAGGCUACAAUCACUAUUUCGUUAUAUACGAUCCGCGAGAAAGCAGAGUUUUUCUAG